AAAAGAGGCAGCAGAGAGUGGGGCUGGGUCUGAUUGCUGCUCUGAGCAGGAAAAACCUCAGUCUGUCUUCAUGGUGCAGCGAUAACCUGGACUCUUUUUUCCUUCCUCUUCCCGUUUACUUUGCACACAACAACAGCUCAUGUCUUUGAUAUGGGCAUGAUGAUCUUUCAGCCUUAUAGGACUUUCCUUUUUCUGGCUUUAUCUGUGGCUUUUUUACAAUUUGUGAAAUGCCAAUACGACAGUGAGGAUGAGUUGAGCUGUACUGAGAACGGACAGGUGUACACAAACAAAGACAUCUGGAAACCUGAACCAUGCAGGAUCUGUGUUUGUGACAGCGGAACCAUCUUGUGCGAUGAGGUGCAAUGUGAUGAAGUGUCUAACUGUGCAAAGGUAGUAAUCCCAGAAGGAGAGUGCUGUCCUAUUUGCCAGAGUGAAACAACACACAGCACUGGCAAUGGCAGACCAGUGGACAGAAUUGCCAAGGGUCAGAAAGGAGAACCUGGAGAUGUCCCAACUGUUAUUGGAAUAAGAGGUCGUCCUGGACCAAUGGGGCCUCCGGGAGCUCCAGGGUACAGAGGAGACAGUGGAUCCAAAGGUCGACCUGGUCUCAGGGGUCCCCCGGGAUAUGAUGGAGAGCCUGGUGUUCCAGGACAGCCAGGAGAGCCAGGGCCCCCAGGACAUACCCCAGGAGGUGAGUUGUCUUCACAUAUGGCUGGAGGAUUUGCUGACAAAACAGGAGCCCAGCAUGCCAUGAUGCCUGGAGUUCGGGGGGAGGCAGGAGCAAGGGGACCGCCUGGGCCAAAUGGAGCACCAGGGGUGCCAGGACCACAGGGACCUCCUGGUGAUGUAGGAGAUCCAGGGCCAAUGGGUGGUGCUGGCCAGAGAGGACCAGAGGGUCCUUCAGGGAAGCCUGGUGAAGAUGGAGAAGCAGGGACUCCAGGAAGUGCAGGAGAAAUGGGAUUUCCUGGAUCUCCUGGAUCAAGAGGAUUUCCAGGGACACCAGGGCCACCAGGCUUAAAGGGCCACAGAGGGCACCAAGGACUAGCUGGUCUUAAAGGAGAACGUGGAGCUGUGGGAUCAAAGGGUGAAUCUGGUGGACCUGGUGCAAUGGGUGCCCCUGGUCCUAUGGGUCCCAACGGAAUGCCAGGAGAAAGAGGACGCCCAGGCCCAAGUGGCACACCGGGUAUGCGUGGUGCUCAAGGAAAUGUUGGAAAACCAGGUCCAAUGGGUCCUUUGGGAAUUAAUGGUGCCCCAGGGUAUCCUGGAGGCCCAGGCAUGAAGGGUCAACCGGGACCUACAGGUGUGAGGGGGCCAGAGGGGCCACAGGGACAAAGAGGAGAGACAGGACAUCAAGGCAGAUCUGGACCACCUGGACAACAAGGGCCUAUGGGCACUGAUGGUGGUCCAGGUUCCAAAGGCCCAGUGGGAGCUCCUGGUCCUCAGGGUCCUGUUGGUCUGCUGGGCCCAAAUGGCCCACCAGGACCUCAGGGAAGCACUGGACAGCCUGGGAUCAAGGGUCAAGGGGGAGAUGUUGGUGUUCCUGGAUUUAAAGGAGAGGCUGGACCUAAAGGAGAACUUGGUCCUCCAGGAGCACAGGGAGUAAUCGGACCUCAGGGAGAAGAGGGAAAACGUGGGCUCAGAGGGGAUCCAGGUUCUGUUGGCCCACUCGGACCUGUUGGUGAGAGAGGGGCACCUGGAAACCGAGGCUUCCCUGGUCAAGAUGGCUUACCAGGUCCAAAGGGUGCACAAGGUGACCGUGGAAUUACAGGAACUUCUGGUCCUAAAGGCUCUACUGGAGAUCCAGGGAGAACAGGUGAACCAGGUCUACCAGGCGCAAGGGGUUUGACAGGUACACCUGGAGUUCAGGGUGCCGAAGGAAAGCCAGGACCACUGGGUGCUUCAGGUGAGGACGGGCGCCCAGGGCCUGCAGGGUCACCUGGAACAAAAGGCCCUCCUGGAACUAUGGGAUCAAUAGGCCCAAAGGGUUUUAGUGGGGAUCCAGGAAAGCCAGGUGAGCAGGGAUCUGCAGGAGUUUCUGGGCAAAGGGGAGCACCAGGCAAAGAUGGAGAAGUAGGCCCAGCUGGUCCACAAGGUCCACAUGGUCCAGCAGGUGAGAGAGGCGAACAGGGACCUCCUGGAAUGCAUGGCUUCCAGGGUUUGCCGGGACCAGCAGGUGCUCCUGGAGAGGCAGGAAAACCUGGUGAUCAGGGUAUUCAUGGUGAAGGCGGCCCAGUAGGCCAAACUGGGCCAAGGGGUGAACGUGGGAUUCCAGGAGAAAGAGGAGAACUGGGACCUCUUGGUUUGUCUGGAGCCAAAGGUAUCCCAGGAGCACCUGGUCCUGAUGGCCCAAAGGGUAGCCCUGGGCCUUCUGGUACAGUAGGUGAUCUAGGCCCUCCCGGUUUGCAGGGAAUGCCAGGUGAAAGAGGGAUCAAUGGCCCAUCUGGUCCAAAAGGAGAGAGAGGAGCUAUUGGUGAGAAGGGGUCAGAGGGGACUCCUGGAAGCGACGGUGCAAGGGGUUUGACAGGCCCAAUUGGCCCUGCAGGACCAGCUGGUCCAAGUGGUGAAAAGGGAGAACCAGGCCCUAAGGGACCACCUGGACCACCAGGAUCAAGAGCAAUGCCAGGAUCCCGUGGUGAACCUGGACCAAUAGGUGCUGUAGGCUUUGUUGGACCAGCGGGUAUUGAUGGUCAGCCUGGUGUGAAAGGACCACCAGGAGAGCCUGGACAAAAGGGGGAUGCUGGAUCUCCUGGCCCUCAAGGUUUGGCUGGUCCUCCAGGGCCACAGGGUAAUAUUGGUGUGGCUGGACCAAAGGGUGGUAGAGGAACACAGGGGGCACCUGGCCCAACAGGUUUCCCUGGGUCUGCUGGAAGAGUUGGCCCACCUGGUCCAACGGGUCCUAUUGGUGAACCAGGUCCACUUGGUCUUCCUGGGAAAGAGGGUCCUCCUGGUCUUCGAGGAGACCAUGGACCCCCAGGACGCCAGGGAGAGAGAGGUCCCCCUGGGCCUGCUGGAAGCCCUGGAGACAAAGGAGAUUCUGGAGAAGAUGGACCACCAGGACCUGAUGGUCCGCCAGGUCCUGCUGGAACAACGGGGCAAAGAGGAAUUGUAGGCCUUCCUGGUCAAAGAGGAGAACGUGGAAUGCCAGGACUCCCUGGGCCAGCUGGUCCUCCAGGAAAACAGGGCACAUCAGGAGCCUCGGGAGACAAAGGACCUCCUGGCUCAGUUGGGAUGCCUGGUGCUAAUGGACCUAGGGGGGAUCCUGGACCUGAUGGACCUGCUGGGUCUGAUGGCCCACCAGGAAAGGAAGGUGUCAUAGGAGACCAGGGUGAUCGAGGAGAUCCAGGUCCAGAGGGUGCAACUGGAUCUACAGGACAACCUGGUUCCCCUGGUCCUGUCGGUGCAACUGGAGGAAUUGGAAAGAGAGGAGAGCCUGGUUCAAAAGGACCUUCUGGCCCUCCGGGUUCUGCAGGAAAACGAGGACUCAUAGGACCGCAAGGACCAAGAGGAGAUAAGGGAGAUCUGGGUGACCAUGGAGAGAGAGGACAGAAGGGUCACAGAGGAUUUGCAGGCUUACAAGGUCUUCCUGGACCACCUGGCACAACUGGAGAACAGGGAGCUCCAGGCAUCUUUGGUCCAAGUGGACAAAGGGGACCUCCUGGGCCCAUUGGGCCAUCAGGAAAGGAAGGGUACAUUGGACAGCCUGGACCUAUGGGACCUCCUGGUUCAAGAGGAGUUAGUGGUGAUAUUGGACCAGAGGGACCUCCUGGAGAACCUGGCCCACCUGGCCCUCCUGGCCCUGCUGGACCUCCCACUGCAGCUUUGGAAGAUUUGUUUGGUGGGCCUCAAGAUUAUGACUCUGGUCCUCCUCCCCCAGAGUUCAGUGAGGAUGAGGCUCUUCCCAAGAGUAACUCAACAAGCAUGUUCCAAGCUGAUCCUGGAGUUCAGGCUACUUUGAAGGCUCUGAACAGCCAGAUUGACAGCAUGCGUAGCCCUGACGGUAGUAGAAAGCAUCCUGCCAGAACUUGUGAGGACUUGAGACAAUGCUACCCUCAAAAAAAGAGUGGUGAAUACUGGGUGGAUCCAAACCAGGGCAGUGCAGAGGAUGCCAUUAAAGUUCAUUGCAAUAUGGACACUGGAGAUACAUGCAUCUCCGCAAUACCCUCCAGCAUCCCCCGGAAGUCAUGGUGGAGUUCACCAGGAAGUAAACCUGUGUGGUUUGGAGCCAAUAUGAAUAGAGGAACAUAUUUCACUUAUGGAAAUAAAGACCAGCCGGCCAACGCUGUCACAGUUCAGAUGACUUUCAUCCGUCUGCUCUCCAAAGAGGCAUCACAAACCAUCACUUACCACUGCAAGAACACUGUGGGCUACAAGGACGAAUCAACUGGAACCCUCAAGAAAGCAGUCAUCCUCAAAGCUUCAAAUGAUCUUGAGCUCAAAGCUGAAGGAAAUAACCGCUUUAGAUACACUGUCCUCGAGGACAGCUGCUCACAGCAAAUGGUAGGUGGGGCAAGACAGUGUUUGAAUAUAGGACGCAGAAAACAGCAAGACUACCUAUUGUGGAUAUUGCACCUGUGGACAUUGGAGGUUCAGAUCAGGAGUUUGGCAUUGAUAUUGGGCCUGUGUGCUUCUUGUGAAACAAGGAGUAGCGAUGCAUUGAAGAGAUUCCUGAGACUUUUAAAGUGACUGCUGACAAGAUAAGCCUUGUACAUACAGAGCAUGGGACUGUUCUGGCCCUGUAGCGAAAUAUUUAUUUUGUCUUCCAAGCGUUUCAAGAAAACAUCCACUCCAUAAGUUUUUUACAGAUUGAUCUCUUGAAAUUAGAAAUUCAAUUUAACAGAAUUUUUAUACUACAAGACUGCUCAUCAACUGCUGUUUUAAACUGAGAUGGCCAUUGCAAAUAACACCGUAAUGAUGUUACACACUGUACCAACACUUAAAACGAUUUGGAUUUGCCUGUUUUUAUUACAGUAUUUUUAAUGAAUUAUUAUUUUUACACAAAAAUGGUGCUAUAGAGGAAGUUUGCAUUCAGUUGAGUGUAUUUUGAUUCCUAAAACUGUACAUUCUCUUAGCACUAUUGUACAUUCACUUUGUAAUUACUUUCAAACCGAACUUACAAUUAAAGAUGAAAACGCUGA